AUGAAUAAAUCCUCAUUAAGAGAUUAUGGAAAUUUUCAAAGUUCUAAUUCUUCAAGAAUUUAAUCUCAUGCAUCCAUUAAAGUAAAUUCAAAAUCAUAAAAAUUAAAGCCACCUAAUUAAUUUACUAUGCAAUAUCCCUGUUAACCAAAGGACUCAAUAGCAUAUGAUUUAAAUGGAUUUGAUAUUGAUAUAAAAGAACAUUAGAUCUUUGAUUCUUAUUCCAAUAGAAGUAAAUAGUAAAAUUCUUAAUAAAUGAUUAUUUUGGCAGUAUAUUAUAUUAUUUAUAUAGGAAAGGAGUAAAAUAACUUCUCCAUCAGUGAAAAAAAGAAAGAAAAAGAUAAGAAUGGCUUAAAUUAUCUAAAAAUUUGUAGAAAAAAUUAAGAUUAGUAAUAAUUUAUUCACAAAGCAACUUUAUGUUAAUACACUCUUAUAAACAUAUUCAAAUCCAAUAAAUAAAGAAAAUACUAACAAUUAAAGUAUUUUUUAUAAGUUAAAAUAAUUGAUAAAACUUCCUCUUUCAAGACAGUGUAAAUUUAGAUAACUUUGGAAACUAUUGAUGUAAAUCACUUAUCUAACCACUAUUAUUUUUUCACCACUUAUACUAAUAUAUCCCAGUAAUAUUGAAAUUUAAACUUUAUUAAUUAUUUAGUUAACAUUAACUGUCUUAAACUCAAUUUUAAAUAUGAAUACAUGCUAUUAUAAAAAUGGAGUAGAAGUAACACAUUUAGGAACAAUAUAAUAGAAUUAUAUUAGAAGAUAUGGGUUAUAAGAUUUAUUAUAAUAUUUAUCGUUUAUUUUUAUAAUAUAAUUUAGUGAAUCGAAUACUACAAUUUCUAUAAUUGCUUUAAUUAUAUUGAAUCUUUUAAUAGUAAGAUUAAUAAAAUUAAAUACUUUAAUAUCUUAAUAACUUAGUAUUAUGUUGGGAUGGCAAUUUGUAAAAGGAUUAUCUUAUUGUCAUAUAUUUUCUUUAAUUUCCAUUUCUAAUUAAAGUGAUAUUGGUUUUGAUCCAAUAGGUUUUUAAUUUAAUACAUAUUUGAGUUAUUUGCAUACAUACAUAAAUCAAUAUUUAACUCUAUCUAGUUUUUUAGAAAAUGAAUCAAAUUUUCAAUUAUUAUUUGCAUUAUUGGUUUAGCUAAUUUUUACUAUUAAUAGAAUUAAAUUAAUUAUAGAUAUAUUAUUCUUUUUUAAUUAGAAUGUUCAUAAAUACUUAUUGAAAAAAAACUACUUUGAUUUGAAGGCUUAUUUGCAAAAUCAUAAAGUAGAUUAAAAUUUAACUAAAAAAGCACUUAGUAAUUAUAAAUUUGAGAUGAAAAAAGAUUUUUAGCAAUAAAAUUUUAUGAUUGAUUCAUAAUCUAUAAAAUAUAUAGAUUAUGAAAUAUAGAAAGCUAUUUAGAAUACAGUAAAUGUCAAAUAUUUUAAGAAAAUUUUAGUACUAACAUAAUUUUCAUAAAAUAUCUAAGAAAAAUUAGUUGAAAAUAUGUCAUUACAUUAUUUUCAACCUAAUGAAAUUAUAUUAAGAUAAAAUUGUAAUGAUGAUGAUUCUAUGUAUCUUAUCAAAAAAGGUUAAGUUAAGGUGUGUUAUUAGAGUGGUAAUAAGAAAUAAUUUUGGAUUAAAUCAUUAGGAGAAAUGUAAACAUUUGGAGAAGUAUCAUUUUUUACUGGACUUCCUAGAACUAGUACAAUUGUUAGUUUAGGUCCUGUAGAAACAUAUAAAAUACGUAGAAGUGAUUUCUUAGAAGCCAUUCAAAGUAAUCGUCAAGAUUUGGUAAAUUUAAGAAUUAAAUUAGGAAAUAGCCUCUUAUAUGAAAGAUUAAAUAUUACAUAACAAUUAAUAUGGUUUGAUUGGAUUAAAAUGUUUUUGUUGUAAAUCAAAAGAGCAUCUAAUAUUUUAAUGUGAUAAACUACACUAUAAACCGAAUAAAGAAAAGAUUAUUAGUAAAUACUAAUAUGAUCAUCAAUAAAUAAGAAAAUUAUGUAAUUAUAAAACUUAUAUUAUCUAUAGAAAAAAGAAAUUAGAAAAGAACUAAUAAUAGUAGAUAUUAUUUAUUUUAAAUAGGAAUGGCUGGUGAAGAAUUUUAGGAAAAUAAUUUUUUAGGAGACUAAUCAGAAAUAUUAAAAGAAUUAACAUAAAAUUAUAAUUAAUCUUCUACUAAUAUUUAACAAAAUUAAUCAUAAGCAAUGUCAUUCUUUCCAAGUAGAGAAAGAAUAAAAUCAUUUGAUAAAAAUAGCAUAUUAUUAAUAAGCGAAUUAGAUGAUGUAAGAGAGUAAUUUUAAGAUUUGGAUCCAAUGAUACACAGGAAAGAAAAGUCUUUAUUUCCUUCUAACAGUAAUUUCCCAAUUAAAGAAGUUAUAUAAGAACUUGAUGGGGAAGAUUAAAGUUCACAUUCUGAAGAUACUAUACCUAAUGAUAUUUGUUUUGUUUAACUUAAAUCUAGUUAAGAAAAUAAAAAGUAAAAUAAUAAUUUAUUAAAUGUUCCUGAUAUGGAUAAGCUUCAAGAUAUAAUUAAAAUUAAUUCUAGUAGUUAACUUCAAUAGAUAAAUAAUAGUUGUUUUAUUCCGAACACACAAGAAAAUAAAAAUUAUAGACAAAACAGAAAAUCUUUAAGUUCAACUUUGCUUCAUAGUCAAUAAAAUGAGAUCAGUAAGAAAAAUGAGAAUUUAAGAUUAUAUAGUAUUUAAUAAAAUGGUGACGAUUUCGAUUUAAAUCCUACUGAUAAAUCUUCUCCACCUAUGAAAAAGAAAAAUAAAAGUCCAUAAUAAAAUAAAAUUAAGAUAGAAGAUAGUCCAUAAAUCUUCAUAGAUUUAAAUAAUUCCGUAAUUUAGAAACUAUAAAUUAGAGUCAUUUUUUCUGUUUGGAUGAUAAAGAAGAAUUAGACAAAGCAUAAAAUUACAUAUAUUAUUAUCCAUACUAAAAUCCUGAAUAUGUUAUCAAUUCGUAAUUAAUUUAGACUAAAUUUUAGAUAUAAUAAUUUUAAAGUACAUCUGAUUCAAAAAUUUAAUAAAAAAAGUCCUUAUACCAUUAGCUUUGUUAUCAGUAACAAAAUAAGAUAAAAAUCUAUUAUACGAUGA